GAAACUACUUCAUUCAUUACAGAGAAUGUUAUGUAUUAUUUUUCUGGAACACCCGGCUUAUUUAAGGGACCUGUUUAUUGGUGGCAAUCAGGAGCAGCAUGGAACUCACUUCUUGAUUAUUCUCGUUAUACUGGCGAUAAAAAAUGGAAUAAGCUUAUUAUUGAAGCAAUUCUUUCUCAGGCAGGAGAAAAUAGAGACUUAUUACCUAUACAGUUUAGAUUAUCACAGGGUAACGAUGAUCAGACAUUCUGGGCUUUUACAGCUAUGACUGCAGCAGAAACAAACCUUGAGAAUCCCCCGCCCAAUGAACCACAAUGGCUGGAGCUUGUUCAGGCAGUAUUUAAUGAGCAAGUUGAACGUUGGGAUGAGCAGAAUUGCCGUGGUGGUUUGAGAUGGCAAAUUUUUCCAUAUAAUUUAGGCUACACAUACAAAAAUACUGUUUCUAAUGGCGCGUUUUUUCAACUAGCUGCGCGUCUUGCUCGUUACACAAAUAAUGAAACAUAUGCAAGAUGGGCAGAAAAAGCUUAUGUUUGGAUGGAAGAUAUAAAAUUUAUUAAUUUAACAACAUAUGCUGUUUAUGACGGUGCAGAGACACCUAAUUGUUAUCCAGUAACUCGUGUGCAAUGGAGCUAUAAUAAUGGUCUUCUUAUGGCAGGUUCAGCUUUUAUGUAUGAUUUUACAAAAGACCCUAAAUGGAAAGAUAGAGUUUAUCGUUAUAUUUUUAAAGCAAAAAAAUCAUUUUAUAGAAAUAAUGGAAUUUUAUGUGAACCUGCUUGCGAAUUUAUUAAGACUUGUAACCAAGAUCAAAUGUCGUUUAAAGCAUAUCUUUCAAGAUUUAUGGGAUAUACUAUGAAUUUGAUGCCCGAUACUAUCAGCCACAUUUUACCGCUUCUUAAAUCAUCUUCUAUAGCAGCAGCAGGCGCAUGCAGUGGUCCACCAUCUGGCCAUCAUUGUGGAAUGAAUUGGCAAGCUUCUAAUUAUGAUGGAUGGGACUCCUUAGGCUCGCAAAUGAGUGCAUUGGAAACCAUGCUAGCAAUUCUGGCACCAAAUGCUAUGAAACCAUUAACAAGUGAUACAGGAGGUACUUCGAAGGCUGAUCCAAAUAAUGUAUAUAGAGAUAGGUCACUAUAUUUUUCGAGUGAUAUCAGACCACCUACUAUUGCAGAUAAGGCUUGUGCAGGUCUUUUAACUGUAUUAGUUGUUAUAGGAGCUCUAGCAUUUUUUGCAUGGCUUAUUGUUUAAGAAUAUUUUGCAUUUGUUUUUGGAUCUUAUAUGAAAUGAUUACUAAUUUUAAAAUUUUAUUCUUUAUUAAAAGAUUUUUCACUGAAGGAAAUAGAACUGGUAUAAUCUUCAUUUAUGUUACAUUUUACGCGAUUUAAGACAUUAAUUCUAGAUUUAUAAAUUAUGAAAUACUAUUAUAUAGCCAUUUAUUUGUUAAAUAUAUUGUUUCAUUUCAACACCAGUAACGCUAAAAUUACACUUCUUAUAAAAUUCAACAUUAUGUUCUUUACAGUCAAGCACAAUUUUAUAGCAUUUUUUUGAUCUUGCAAUCCUAGAAAGCAUUUCAAUUAAUCUAAUUUAUGUUAACAGAUUUAUAUUAAACAUUAUAAUCUUAACAAUUUUCCAAGAUUUUUUCCUCGAUAAGAUUUGGCAACAACAACAUCUUCAAUAUGAGCAGCCUUGGAUGUAGAUUUUAAAAAUUUAUAUUCUAUAAAUACUGUCCCACAAGCGAUCUAAAACAUUGAUUAUUAAUAUAGCAUAAAACGAGAAUAUUUAAAAAUUUACAAUUUCUUUUGUUAUAGUAUUUUCAAUAACAACAAUAAAAUAACAUUCAGGGGAUGCGGAUUGCAUAAGAUCAAAUCGUUCCUCGAAAUCUUGUUUGCUCAACUCAAAAGUUUCCUCGGAAAGGCUGUUUAUUUUUCACCAAUCACACCUCGUGACCAAUCAUUUCUCUGCAGAGGUCUAAACGAUAAUUUUUCCGGAAGACUGGGCC